CUAAGGUUUAAGUCUAUUUACAGCUAUAUGUGAAUCAUCUAAAUUUAUCUUGAAAAGUAUCACUGGAUAUUACAUGCAUGAACUAUUACAUUGUUGUAAUGUGUUGUUCUAAGGUUUAACUGGGAUAAUGGGCGGACAAGGAAGUAAAACAGAUGUCUCAGAUGGAGAAGUACAGUGACGGUUGCAGUCAUGACAAAUACGAGGACAGUGUGGCUGGUCGCAUCGUUGCAGGUGUUUGUGAUGGGGAGGUACCGGGGCGAUUGCCGUCAACAGAUGGAUUUAUUUUUGGCAGAAGCGAUGACUGUGUGGCAGGUCGCAUCAUUUCAGACCAGUAUGUGGGGGCAGCAUUUUGUGGUGUCUUAACGACAAGGAUCUGUCGAUGUACGAAUGGAAUACGUGCAGGAUUGUUAUUGCUAGGAGACGGUUGUUACAGUCUUUGUACGAUUCAGUUUUUACUGCGCCUCGUAUUCCCACUAUGCUCGAUGAGCAUUGCAAUAUCCAGUGUUGUAUUGCCAUACUGGGCCUGGGGUGAAACAGACGACGUAGCAGUUGGUCUCUUUAAAUGCUGCAAUUUUACUGAGGAAAAUAGCAAUUCUAACAUCAGCGAGUGUUCACCAUUGUCUGAUUGUUUUCCAUCAGAAUCUAAUGUUUAUUCGCUCAUCAAGGCAGCUGCCGGUCUACAAAUCACAUACAUUGUUGUCCACGGUAUAACUAUCUUACUUACAACAAUAAGCCAGCUAAUAAGAGAUUCGGAUGAAAGAAAAAGAUGUCAAUUUUACAAUGGAAUGGUUGUAUUUUUUGCAGCUACCAUUUGCUUCAUCAGCAUCAUCGUAUCUUUUUCCGGUGUUAUCCAAUCACACAGCUUAGAAGGAGUACCUCCACUCCUGUCCAUCAAUCUUGCGAUAUUUUCAUGCGCUGUGUACAUCUCUUAUGCAGGCGUUUGCUUUAGGGAGCCGAGACUCUGUAUAUGUGUACCCAUUUCGAUUGCUGUAAAUUAUUUGGCUAUUUAUAUGAUGACAAACAAACUUGUUUUAAAAUCUGUAUCUGUUGUGGGCGGUCUGGCUAUAGCAUGCUUACUUAUAUAUUUAAUAUUUGCUCGACCCGACCGCUGCCGGACAAAUUUUUAACGUUAAUUUCUACUUCUGUUGAUUUAUUCCUAACACUAUGUUCAUAACACAAAGUUUCCCGCUGUUUAUUUCGUCAUGAGAUCACCUGAGAGAUAAUUAGAAAACUAAUAAUUAAUGUUUCUUCACGUUUUGAGCACUAGCUUUCAAGAGCUUUGCAAAGGAAAAGUAAGGCGAAACGUUCUUGGCCUAGGGCUUGUUUCAAUAAACACUGACAUAUUGUAAUAAUUAUACAAGAAAUCCAAGAACGUGUAAGUGCUUGUCAUCUAAUAAUAAAUUGGUGUUAAAAAAACUGUUUUACUAGUAGGUUUACUUUGUAGAACCUAUAUUUUGUUUCAUCAUUAGUUGUAUGAAUGCAAAAGGUUUAAAACCAAAUCAAACAUGUUUAUUUUUCUGUUAUGUGUAUUUUUAAUAGGCAAACAAUUUAAAUUAAAAUGAUACGGUUUCAUUGGCGCCGCUCUGGAGAGCGCGCCUAUUAUGGAAUGGGAAUUUAUUUUAGUUAUUGGUAGGAGCGGUUUUUAAGUUGAUUGACAGUUGGGUUUUACUGUUGUUUUAUUAUGAUUAAAAAAUGCAAAUGGA